AUGCCACGUGACACCUGUGUCACGUGGCAGACGCGUCGCGUGCGCUUCUCCCUCGUUUCUCUUUGCGCGCGUGCCGAAAACAAACGCGUCCGGCGCACAUCAUCACUCGCCCCCGCCGCCUUCUUCUUCAGCUACCCUUCCACCGCGACUACUCGCACACGCACGCUCACACAAAGCCCAACCAGCACACCGGCCAUGGCCAAGCGCAAGCUUCCAGAUAGACCUCCCAACGGCAUCGGCGCCGGACAGCGGCCCUCGCUGCGGCCGCGCGCGCUCGACUCCGAAGCCGCGCUCGCCACGCUCACCAGGCCCUUCAAGGUACCGCUCAAGCCGCUUCCCACCAACGCGAGACCCGUCAGGAGCACCCGAAACAAGGCCGUUACCUACACCUACGCGCCCAUCCAGCUCCCCGGCGAUCCCGAAAACCCCGAUCUGGCGCUCGACUCCGCCGGCGCCUCGGCGGACGCGGACAUCACGGCGGCCCGCUCCCACACCAAACGCAUCGACGCGCUCUCCGCGCGCCGCCUCUCGCGAGACCCGCACCGCCUACAGAAGAUCCGCGACCAGCUCCAAAGGUCCUUCACCGUGCCCAUCCCGGGCUACGUGCCGCGGCACAACAUCCCGCUCUCGCUCGGCACCAAGCCCAAGAUCGUUCUGGGCCCGCGCCCGCUCCACGAUCCGACCGACGAGUUCGCCAUAGUGCUCUACGACCCCAGUGUUGACGGAAAGACUCCGGAACUCCAGGACUACCAGCCAAACCAAUCCCCGCCGCCGUCGCAGCUGCCGCCCUCCUCGUCCAAGCCCACACGGCCCUCCGCGACCCAAACGCAGCAGACUGGGGCCGACUCGUCCCAGGCAGGGACGCCCCCGCCGCUCCGCACGCAUCCCAAGAAACUUUCCAACGGCCUUCCCAACAAGACCCUGCGGGAGCUUCUUGGCGAGCGCAAGCUCGAAAAACAAUUCUCGAGUGUCCCGGUCGUCAUAGACCCGCUCCUGGUGAAGAUCCUGCGGCCGCACCAAGUGGAAGGUGUAAAGUUUCUUUACCGGUGUGUCACGGGCCUGGUAAUGAAAGACUACCUGGACCAGCAGUCCUUGCUGAUAACGGCCGACGCCGCGACCACAAAGGAGCCCACCCCACCUCCGCACACACAGUCGUCUUCGACCGAGUCGCCUGCUUCGUCCCCUGCCUCAACACCUUCUAGUGCUACGCCGCCGCCAGCCGCACAGGCUCCGGCUUUACAGCAAUGUACCGUCGCCACAGAAGUAUCGGAGAUUGCCCAAAACAGAGGUGCCUAUGGUUGUAUCAUGGCUGAUGAGAUGGGUCUGGGGAAGACUCUGCAAUGCAUCGCUUUGAUGUGGACUCUGCUUCGGCAGGGGCCCCAGGGAAAGCCUACAAUUGACAAGUGCAUCAUCGUUUGCCCUUCUUCGCUGGUAAAUAACUGGGCAAACGAAAUCGUCAAGUGGCUAGGGAGAGGCACGCUUGCCUCGCUUCCAAUCGAUGGCAAAAAGAGCUCUCUCAGCAAUGGCACGGUGGCCCAGGCCGUUCGGUCCUGGGCUCUUGCGCAAGGUCGCAGCGUGGUUAAGCCUGUCUUGAUCAUCUCUUAUGAGACCCUGCGCCGUAACGUCGAGCACCUUCGCCAUUGCGACGUGGGCCUGCUAUUGGCAGACGAGGGCCACCGGCUUAAAAACGCAGAUUCCCAGACUUUCACUUCACUCAACAGCAUCAGGUGCCCCCGAAGGGUCAUUCUUUCGGGCACUCCAAUCCAAAAUGACCUAUCUGAGUACUUCGCAUUGCUAAAUUUCUCUAACCCAGGGUUGCUAGGUUCUAGGCUUGAGUUCAGGAAAAACUUUGAGCUACCUAUCCUUCGAGGCCGCGAUGCGGAUGCCAUGGACGAAGAUGUUAAGAAGGGUGAUGAACGGCUUCAAGCACUCUCCACAAUUGUGUCGAAGUUUAUUAUCCGGCGCACAAACGACAUUUUGUCGAAAUACCUGCCUUGCAAAUACGAACAUGUCAUAUUCGUUAACCUGAAACCUUUCCAGCGGUCCCUAUACGAACAUAUGCUGAAGUCUCGCGACAUUAAGCUUUUAGUUAAAGACGCGAAGCAUACUCAACCGCUCAAGCAUAUUGGAGUGUUGAAGAAACUCUGCAAUCACCCGGACCUGCUACGACUACCGGAUGAUAUCGAAGGCAGUGAAGAUUUGAUGCCAGAGGACUACCAGUCAUCGACAGUUUCGAAACGCGGGCGUUCCGAACUUCAAACCUGGCACUCUGGUAAGUUUUCCAUCCUGGGCAGGUUUUUGCACAAAAUCAAAACCGAAUCGGACGACAAGAUUGUAAUCAUCUCUAAUUAUACACAGACUUUGGACUUGAUAGAGAAAAUGUGUCGAUCUAGCACGUAUCCGGUAGUGCGGCUAGAUGGCACCAUGACGAUAAACAAGCGUCAGAAGCUUGUGGACCGCUUCAACGACCCUGAAGGCCAGGAAUUCAUCUUUCUUCUGAGUUCCAAAGCAGGUGGUUGCGGUAUCAAUUUGAUUGGUGCGAAUAGGUUAAUUUUGAUGGACCCAGACUGGAAUCCAGCUGCCGAUCAACAAGCUCUUGCUCGUGUUUGGAGAGACGGCCAAAAGAAGGACUGCUUCAUCUACAGAUUUAUCUGUACCGGUUCGAUAGAGGAGAAAAUUUACCAGAGACAAUCUAUGAAAAUGAGCUUAAGCUCAUGUGUCGUCGACGAAAAGGAGGAUGUUGAGCGUCUAUUCAGCGCAGGCAACUUAAAGCAAUUGUUUGAACUCAGGCCUGACACUAACUGCGACACACAUGAAACUUACCAUUGCAAGAGGUGCAAGAAUGGCAAGCAAAUGGUCAAAUCUAAUGCCAUGCUUUACGGUGAUGCUACUACCUGGAACCAUUUGAACCACGAUGCUCUGGCUAAGACAAACGACCAUUUGCUGUGCAAUGAAUUCAGUUUUGAUGACAUCAGCUACGUGUUCCAAUAUAUCUCACAUUAA